UCCGACAUCUCUACUGCUGAACUUUGUCUGCACCGUCACGUCAUCCCGCACCGAAUCUGAGGUGCGCGAGAUGAAUCCGAGGCAAAGGCAAAGUUGCGGAAAUCUAUUAUACUUCACACGGUACGUGAGUGUGGGAGCCAGCCACAAUCGGACUGAACGACUAGUUAUUUCCGAAAAGGGUCGCACGCAAGCACCCAUAUUUAUCCAGUGCGCCAAGUUUCGGGGCUCGGAGUAUGCCGGGGUUUUUUGUAGUUGUUGUUACAUUUACAGUUCGCAUUCCUCGAUCGGCUUACUCUACUAAAUACGCUGCAACAUGCCGAAUUUGCGAAGCGGUAGGCAUGGAGCCGUUCCAUUAGAUGCCUUGGCCCCAGAAACACUAAUGGAAGAAGAACCUCUGCACAUCGGAGGUUCGUCGGUGGAAGUCACCGAGCCUGCCUUCGGGGAUUCUCCAGAAAACUUGACGCCUCCCCAGCAACAUCCGCACGGCAGUCGCGAAAUUCAAGUCCCGCUCCCAAAUCAGUCAGCUCUAAAGAGAUCCAAUUUGGAGAUUGGGCCGUCAGUGGGUGAGCCCUCCUCUAAACGUGCACCCACGACUCUCGCGGUUCAUCCCAAUGUCCUGGACGAGGCCACCCACAUAACGCUUGACGCACUUGUCGUCGAGUUCAUGCUCAAGUUUGCCGAGCAUCUCUCCAGAAAUCCAUUUCGUCUUCUUCUUCUCGACCGAAUUGUCCUCCAAUCAGACGGAGUACUCGACUCGAAAAGUUUACCGCCACUGGAUGAUUUAAUCGCACAACAUCCGGAGUUGGGGGAUAGGUUAGAUGAAGCAUGGGAGGCUCAAUCGUUCAAGGAGAUACGAAACUUGGAAAUUCUUCUUCCAACCGCCCAGCCUGCGGGUCCUCCCGACCCUGAAGCGAUACUUGAUUCUCAAUCAUCCGAAGAUGCGGCAGUCAAGUCGUGGUCUUCCAAAUACAGAGGAGACGCUGCCAACAUUCUUUACCAUCCUCUGGCAUGGGGAAAUCGCGAAUGGUCGACGAGUUCUCCAAGCAGCACUUUGUAGUCCCCUUCAAUCUCCGUCAGGGAGCUGAAGGAUAUCCGGCUCCUGACCAUGAUGUCUUGAAUUGGUUCACAAGGAUUGGUCUUAAAGAGCAUGAAAGCGAUACUCGUUUCAGCGCAUUUCUCACUGCAUUGUUCGAG